UUGCGUGAGGCUGUCUCUAAGGCAUGCGCCAGAGAGCCAGACUCAUGGGUGGAGAAGCUGCCACUAGCGCUCUUCGCCGAUCGAAUUACGGUGAGCCGUGUUACGGGGUUCUCUCCUUUCCAGCUCCUCCACGGGUGCGACCCCAUCUUGCCCCUGGAUUUAGCUGAGGCCACAUUCAUGUCGAACGCCUUCCAUGCAGAGAUGAGUACCUCCGAUCUUCUCGCAGCACGAAUUCAUCAAUUGGAACGCCGCCCAGCCGACCUUGAGCGAGCUGCAUCCACGCUGCAGAAAGCAAGGUUCAAAUCGAAGGCGCAAUUUGAACGGCGUUUCGCUCGACGAAUGCUUAAGACGGACUAUAGAAAAGGGGAAAUGGUAUUGCUCCGCAACUCAGCCAGAGAAGGACAAAUUAGUGCAGCGGCGAAGAUGUCCGUGCGCUAUCUUGGGCCUUACAUGGUAGUACGCCAGACCAAUCGAGGCGGAUAUAUUCUUAGAGAACUUGACGGUGCCGAACUCUAUGGAUCGUAUCCACCCCGCAGGCUGUUGCCUUAC